UCUAUCCAUGCACGUGUGUUUGCAUUUUAUACGGAUUUCGAUUUUUGGCGCACAACUAGAAUCAUGCCAUCCGAUGCAAAAAAAAAGCAGCAGCAAAAAAAAAAGGAAGCUGCUAAGGCUCGACAGUCAGGAAAAAAACCACCUCAAACUAAUCAAAAUAAAAAUGCAGAAGAUGGUAAAGAAUCCAGUCCUUUGGGAAUCAUUCAAAAUGGAACCAAUGGAACACCUAUUAGUGCAGAAGAGGCAUUAUGUAUGAAAUUAGAAGCAGAUGCAAGACUAAAUGCAGAAGCGCGAUCGUGUACGGGAUCAUUAGCUUCACAUCCGCGAAGUCGAGAUAUAAAAAUAUCUAAUUUUUCUAUUACUUUCCAUGGCUGUGAAUUGCUACAAGAUACUAUGUUGGAACUGAAUUGCGGCAGACGUUAUGGUUUGCUUGGACUUAAUGGCUCUGGAAAAUCUACUUUAUUAGCUGUACUUGGAAAUCGAGAAGUUCCUAUUCCUAAUCAGAUUGAUAUCUUUCAUUUGACCAGAGAAAUGCCUGCUAGUAAUAAAACAGCUUUAGAAUGUGUGAUGGAAGUAGAUGAAGAGCGUAUAAGAUUAGAAAAAUUAGCAGAAGAAUUAGUAGAAUGUGAAGAAGAAGAUGCUCAAGAACAACUCAUGGAUGUUUAUGAAAGGUUAGAAGAUAUGUCUGCUGAUACUGCUGAAGCUCGUGCUGCUCAUAUUUUACAUGGUUUGGGUUUUACUGCAAAAAUGCAAAAAACACCUACCAAAGAUUUUUCUGGAGGUUGGCGAAUGCGUAUUGCUCUUGCAAGAGCAUUAUAUGUGAAACCUCAUCUUUUAUUAUUGGAUGAACCUACCAACCAUUUAGAUCUUGAUGCUUGUGUAUGGUUGGAAGAAGAAUUAAAAACAUAUAAAAGAAUUUUAGUCAUCAUUUCUCAUUCACAAGAUUUUCUUAAUGGUAUUUGCACAAAUAUCAUUCAUGUUAAUAAAAAACAGUUGAAAUAUUACAGUGGUAAUUAUGAAGCUUUUGUCAAGACAAGAAUGGAGUUAUUGGAAAAUCAAGUAAAACAAUAUAAUUGGGAACAGGAUCAAAUUGCGCACAUGAAAAAUUAUAUAGCACGAUUUGGCCAUGGCUCUGCAAAAUUAGCAAGACAAGCACAAUCAAAGGAAAAGACAUUAGCAAAAAUGGUAGCACAAGGUCUUACAGAAAAAGUUGUAAAUGAUAAAGUACUGAAUUUCUAUUUUCCCUCUUGUGGAACUAUUCCACCUCCUGUUAUAAUGGUUCAAAACGUUAGUUUUCGUUACAAUGAAGAUUCACCAUGGAUUUAUAAAAAUUUAGAAUUUGGUAUAGACUUGGAUACCAGAAUUGCAUUAGUUGGUCCAAAUGGAGCUGGAAAAAGUACUCUUUUAAAAUUACUAUAUGGAGAUUUAGUUCCAACUAGUGGUAUGAUACGUAAGAAUAGUCACCUUCGAAUUGGAAGAUACCACCAACAUUUACAUGAAUUAUUAGAUCUAGAUAUGUCACCUUUGGAUUAUAUGAUGAAAGCUUUUCCAGAUGUUAAAGAAAGGGAAGAAAUGAGGAAAAUUAUUGGUCGUUAUGGAUUAACUGGUCGCCAACAAGUGUGUCCAAUUAGACAAUUAUCUGAUGGUCAACGUUGUAGAGUAGUUUUUGCAUGGUUAGCUUGGCAAGUGCCUCAUCUAUUAUUGCUGGAUGAACCAACCAAUCAUUUAGAUAUGGAAACAAUUGAUGCAUUAGCAGAUGCAAUUAAUGAUUUUGAUGGAGGAAUGGUGCUCGUAUCUCAUGAUUUCAGAUUAAUUAAUCAAGUGGCAGAAGAAAUUUGGGUUUGUGAAAAUGGUACAGUUACCAAAUGGAGCGGAAAUAUUUUGGAUUAUAAAGAACAUCUAAAGACCAAAGUGCUUAGUGAUAAUCAGAAAAGACAAAAAGAAAUGCACAGAAGCAAAUAAUCUAAAUAAUGUGUAAUCUAUUCUACUCUAUUUUUCUUUCCAAGUAUAUUUUUCUCUCUCCGUUACAGUAACUGCCUUUGUCCUUAUUUUUUCGGACAUUUCAUCGUAUCUAUCAUUGACUUUGCGCUGCUGUGUAGCGUUAUCAGUGGUCGAAGUUUUUUAGCUAAUUUAUUUAAAUAAUGAAUAGCGAAUUAUUUUAUGACAACAAGAUCGAUUUACGGUGAAAUUUUAUCAUUCUAAUAGUUCGAAGAUCCGAUAUUAUUAAUUAUAUAUUACAAGAAAUUAUAAAUUGGGCAUAUAUAUAUGUAUACAUAUAUAUAUAUGUAUAUAUAUAUAUGUAUAUAUAUAUAUAUAUAUAUACAUAUAUAUAUAUGAUAUAUAUAUAUAUAUAUAUAUAUACACACACAGGAUAUCCCAGAAGUCGAUCGAUAAAGCUUAACUUAUGAUUUCUAAUAAAAGACACUGACCAAUUAAAGCACGUAAAGCUGUUUCAUUGCUAUGGUAACUUUGGAUAUAUGUGGAUAUAUAAGUCAAUGUUUUAAUAACUCGUUAACAAAGCCGAAACGAAAAUUUUCACAAAAAUAUUUAAAAUCAUCUUAAGAAUAAGUUAAAUCUUAAGUCGACUUCUAAGAUCUCAUAUAUAUACAUAUAUACAUAUACAUACAUAUAUAUAUGUGUGUGUGUGUGUGUAUAUUUAUAUAAAUAGAUUACUACAGAGUACGAAAAUAAAACAGAAGUAUUAUAAAAACUUAACAAAUACUCGAAUUCUUCUCUUGCAAUUUAGCUUUAUUAAAAAAUCAUAUUUAACUAUAAAUUAAUUUGAUUUUCAGUAGAUAUAAAAAAAUAUAUGGAUGUGUACAAAUAAUUAUAAAUAUUUAAUAUAAUCGAUAAAAUAACAUAGUUUCUAUCAAAAUAAAAUUUUUUAUCUCGUAUAUAUUUAUAUAAAUAUAUUGAUCUUGUAUUAACAUCAUGGAAGACUAAUAUCUUAGACAUAUUCACAAGAAUUAU